AGUCAAUCACACGACUUUUGACCAAGCAAAUCCCUCUUCACACUGUAAUGCUAUAAGAAGGUUUCAAGACAAUAUAUAUAAUGAUCAGAAGGCACCAAGAGGAAGAAGCUAAACAGAAAAUGGAAGUGCAGAAGAUGAUGAUGAGGGAUUCGAUUAACAACACUAAGGAUGAUGCAGACUAUCUUCCGGGGUAUCGCUUUCAUCCCACUGAUGAAGAACUUGUGAGGUUUUACCUCAGGAGGAAGGUGGAGAACAAACCUAUUCGUCUUGAGCUCAUCAAACUUAUUGACAUCUACAAAUAUGAUCCCUGGGAUCUUCCAAAAGCUAGUGGUUUAGUUGGGGAGAAGGAGUGGUACUUCUUUUGCAGAAGGGGAAAGAAAUACAGAAAUAGCAUAAGACCUAAUAGGGUCACAAAAUCUGGGUUUUGGAAAGCAACCGGCAUUGACAAACCUGUAUAUUCGGUUGAAGGAGAAUUUCACACUUGCAUUGGCUUAAAGAAAUCCCUAGUAUACUAUAGAGGAAGUGCUGGAAAGGGUACCAAAACAGAUUGGAUGAUGCACGAAUUUCGUCUUCCAGCUACUAAUGCAAGCACUGGUGCUAAUUCUAAUAUCAAUGACAUUACUCAAGAAGCUGAAGUUUGGACCCUAUGCAGAAUUUUGAAACGAAACAAUUCUUCUAGAAAGUAUGAAACAAAUUGGCAGAAGACAACUUCCAAGCAAAGUGCAGCUGAUUCAAGUUCGAAAACAUGCAGUUCUGAGUCGGAUGGAAGUUUUUGUGCUCCGGCUGCUCAGAAGAAUGAUCAACUUGAAAGGAUCAGUACUCCUAAUUUUAACAAUGAUCAUCUGUGCGAAGGGAACAAUCAUAUCUCAGCAGGCCAGCUGACCUUAAAAGAUGAAGUAGUUGAUCCAAUGGUGAACUCAUACAUAAACUUCUGGAAUCUAAAUGAAUAUGAGAUGUUAAGAUCAGAUAAUCCCAACUGGGAUGAGCUGAGUCCAAUGAUCGACUGCGUUCUAAAUCCCUCCCCGCUAUAUCGAUCGGUUUAGAUAGAUCAGAUGGGAAUUAUGUUCUCUAACCUAGCUUGUAAUAAAUACUUUGCUGCAUUAAUAUCAGUAGUCUUCCUUUAUUUGAACAAGCUUGAAAGAUGUAAUCAAUCAUUCAAUUUGCACCUACAUAAAAUCAUUCUUGCAGUAGUUUG